AUGAGUUCAUCCAACUUUAGAUACUACGAAAACAAGUACCCCGAAGUCGAUGAGGUGGUUAUGGUUAACGUGCAAGAGAUUGCUGAGAUGGGAGCAUAUGUUAAGUUAUUAGAGUACGAUAACAUUGAAGGGAUGGUAUUAUUAUCAGAAUUAUCCAGAAGGCGUAUUCGUUCCAUUCAAAAGUUAAUUCGUGUUGGUAAAAAUGAAGUGGCGGUGGUAUUAAGAGUCGAUAAAGAAAAGGGGUACAUUGAUUUAUCAAAGAGAAGAGUCAGUGCUGAAGAUAUUGUUAAAUGUGAUGAAAGAUAUAAUAAGUCCAAAGCUGUUCAUUCAAUCUUGAGACAUUGUGCUGAGAAGUUUAAUGUCUCUUUAGAGGAAUUAUAUAAGACGAUUGGUUGGCCUUUAUCCCGGAAAUAUGGUCAUUCUUACGAUGCAUUUAAGUUAUCAAUUACUGAUCCUUCUAUAUUUGAUGACAUUGUUCCUCCAUCCUCCGAUGUUUUAGAUGAAUUGAAAUUAUACAUCAGUAGAAGAUUAACUCCUCAAGCCAUUAAGAUUAGAGCUGAUGUUGAAGUUUCAUGUUUCUCCUAUGAAGGGAUCGAUGCUAUCAAGAGAGCCUUAAGAUCUGCUGAAGAAGAAUCCACUGAACAUAUUCAAGUCAAGGCCAAAUUGGUGGCUGCUCCUUUGUAUGUGUUGUCCGCACAAUCUUUGGAUAAGAAACAAGGGAUUGCUUUAUUGGAAAAGGCUAUUGAAAAAAUCACCACUUCAAUCGAAAAGGAUGGUGGGAAUUGUAAAAUCACUAUGGCUCCAAAGGCUGUGACCGCCACAGAAGAUGCUGAAUUGCAAGCUUUAUUGGAAAGAAAGGAAGCUGAAGAAAAGGAAUCUGACGAAGAAGAUGAUGAUGAAGAUUAA